AUGCGUUCCUCUAAAGGGUUUCAUCGUGAGGAUAGCCAACAAGUUGAGAAAUUGGACGAAAAAAAAAAAUAUUCUGGAAAUCAUCAUCCUCCACUUCCUCUGCCUCCAUCGAGGACUAAACAUCUCUCGCAAUCCGAUUGGCUCCUUUUGGAAACUUUAGACACGAGAUGUAAGAGGCCCCUCCACACGGGAAGGUUUUUAACGAUGCACAAAAGACGACGGAAACGUUUGAUAACGAGGUCUUUGACACAAAAUCACGCUCUCCUGGACGACAUUCACCACGGUCAAGUUCAGCGCAUUCUAGAUCAGGUUCACGAAUGGCCGUUUAACGCGUUCAAUUUGGACAACGUUACGGGAGGUAGAUCACUGCCAGUUUUGUGUGUUCAUUUGUUUCAUUGGUACGGCCUUCUGGAACAUUUUCAAUUGGACGUCGUGAGGUGCUGGAAAUUUUUCAGUUUGAUAGAAGAAGGAUAUCAUAGCACCAACCCUUAUCAUAAUGCGAUACACGCAACGGAUGUGACUCAAGCCAUGCACUGUUUCCUACAGGAAAAAAAGAUUCGAGAACAUUUAACUCCGUUGGAAAUAAUGGCGUCGAUAAUUGCGGCUGUGACUCACGAUUUAGAUCAUCCCGGAGUGAAUCAACCUUUUCUCAUUGCGACUUCCAAUCACUUGGCUGCUCUCUAUGAGAAUUCGUCCGUGCUUGAAAAUCAUCAUUGGCGUUCGGCCAUAGGGUGUUUGUUGGAGAGUCACGUUGCCGAAGAAUUAGAAGACUGCAGACCGGAAUUACAAAGACAAAUAAGCUCUCUCAUACUUGCCACUGACAUCACGCGUCAGCAAGAGUUCCUAAAUAGUUUUAAGAGAUAUUUAGAUGAGGAUAUACUCGACAUGAGACUCGAAGAACAUCGUCAUUUCAUACUUCAGAUAGCUCUCAAGUGUGCCGACAUUUCGAAUCCGUGCAGACCGUGGGAAAUAAGUAAAAAGUGGAGUCAGAAAGUUUGCGAAGAGUUUUUCCGACAGGGAGACUACGAAAGGCAAUUGAAUUUACCCGUGACGGCUCUCUGCGAUAGACAGUCUACUUCCGUGCCAAAAAUUCAAGCAGGUUUUUUCACUUUCGUCGUGUAUCCUCUUUUCGAAGAGUGGCAUCGUUUUCUUGGACACGGUUUAUCCGAUGACAUGAUGAAAAAUCUACACGAAAACAAAUUGAAAUGGGACGCGUUGAUCAAAUUGGAAAACGAAAAAGAAAAAUCAAAAGGGAAUGGAAACGAGGAGGAAAUCGUCGGAAUCGAAACCGGAAACGAUACGUCGGUCGACACGUCGCCGAUAAUGGAAGAAUGCGGCGUCGAACCCGCGAAGAAAAAUAAUUACUUGACCGUACCCGAAUGGCACUGCAAUCAAAGAAUCGGACGGCGGCAUUCGGUACCUUUGAGCAUGCAAGCAACAGAACCGGAAAUUUGUCGAACUAUUUUACGUCGGGAAAGUUUACCCGUUUCCGAAAAGAGAUCUCUAACCGUGUACCAUUCGGGAUUGUUGGAAGAAGAAGAAGAAGAGGAAGUGGAAAGAGAAAGACAUGACGACGACGACGACGAGGAAUCGACCAACGUCGAACGUUCCAUAUCGUUCGUGUCGAGUGCAAGCGACGACAUCAGAUUUAAAAUCGAAAGCGACGAGGAUAAAGUUCUCAGUUCGGAAAAUCUUUUACCCGAGCCCAGUAUUACUAGCAUAACGACGGUCACGGAAGCGAGCCGGCUGUCAAACGUUUUAGGAAGAGGACAAAGUCCGUUACGCGGUACGGCUAAAUCACAUCUGACGCGACAGCAAACGUUUCCUCCGGUGCAACCCUACGUUCGUCAGCGGUAUUUGUCGGCCACGGUCGAAAUGUCGCGGUGCAUGAACGUCGUCGCGGGGAUCGCGAACAAAUCGAGUUCGUCGUCGAGAACGGACAUGAGCGGGAAACGGGGUUUGAGCGGGGAUAGUUCGGUCGAUUUAAACAAUGAUACUCAUUGCGGAUCCUCGAACGGUUCCAGGACUCCGCCAUUUUGUAAAACGGCCGUUUUAAGGGAAAACAACAAUCGUAGUUGUUUUUCCGUCGCGAACGUCGAUUCCGUCGACAAAACGUCGUCGCCGUCGCCGUCGUCGUCGUCGACGAAUGGAAAACGUGAAACUCCUUGUUCUAGUCACGAUCGUGUUAAAAUGGCCAAAUUGUGGGACGAAAGAUUUUCCGGUUGUCACGAAAAGGAAAAUUUGGAUCCGAGAAAAUUUAGCGGAAACGACCUUGACGUAGAUUUACUCUAUGGACAUAGAAUGAAUUCAACUCAGGGUCAACUCACAAGGCGUCGAGGUUCGGCUCCGGUUGGGUCAGAAGCGAUAAAUCCCAUGGCGCUGGCGCUCAGGGGAUGGAACGAACGUUACCCAAGACGGGGUUCAGUACCUGCGGAUGCAAUAAGAUGUCAUACAGAGGAAGGAUUCGCCCUUCGAUUGACUCAAGACUCAAGUACUAAUUUAUGUACAAGCCAACAACACUGCCCAUACAAUAGACGCGGAUCCAUUCCGACGGAAACGAGUUGGCCGGAAACGACGAUGACGACGACGGCGACGAAAACUAGGAGCAGUAAUCGUAACAAGAAAAUUCUGCGCAGGCGCAGUUCCGGUGGACCGGAAAUGUUUUGUUUCGGAAAACAAGAAACGGAUAACAUAUUACUCAAGGUUGAAAUCCUUUCGAAAAGACACGGCGGAGCAGGAGGAGGUGUAGGAGGAGGAGAAACGCAUUCGGAAACGAUAAUGUCGACGCGUAGAAGAGGUUCACUUCCGCUCGAUGUACUUCUUGCAACGCAUUCAGGUGACUUUUGUUGA